CACCAGAAACAUAACUGAAAACCUUUAAAUCUGGGUGGAAUACCUCUCUAGAACUAAGUUUUUAGAGUCGCUGUUCUACUUCCGGGUUUUGACAAAGACUUAAAGGGGAAGUUGUUAGAACUACAAACUGGACCAGCAGAACCAACAAUGAACAUUCAGGGGCAGGACUUUGCAGAGAAGAGAUACGAUCCACUUGACAAAACUCUGAAGUUUGUUAACAGGGAAGAUGAUUUGGAUCCAGUGUCCUCCGAUUAUAACUCUCUCAGAGCUGAGAUGUCCUGCGGUCAUGCGGUCACUCCUGAUUCCCUGACACAGUGGUGUCGCAGCCAGCUGGACGAGGGAAUUUGUAAAUUCAGAUGUCCUGCGGUGGUGGAGGGCACCAAACUGUGCAAUAGACUGUGGUCGUACCAGGAGGUGCGCAGACUGGCUGAUCUGACCGUUGAUGAAAUUGCGGAUUUUGAGCAGCAGAUGGCCAACCUGUCUGUUUCAGAAUACUGUGAGGUUCAGUCGUGUCCAAAAUGUAAAACCAGCGUGGAGAGGAAGGAUCUGUCCAAUCUGUGCGUGGAGUGCGUCAUUUGUUCAGCUGACCAGAAAAAUACCUACUUGUUCUGCUGGCAAUGCCAAAAGAAAUGGAAGGGCCCGGGUCCUCGAUCAGAUCGCUGCAACAAUGACGGCUGCAUCAACAGGGACCUACAGCUGCUGCAGACCUGUAAAUACAUCAGCCUGCCUGAGGUGGAGGGCGUUACCAGCUGUCCCUCAGUCCGAGCCUGUCCUGUAUGUGGCAUGAAGGUGGAACACAACCAAAAGUACUGUAAAAAUGUUACGUGCCCUCGCUGUCGCACAACCUUCUGUUUUGUGUGCCUGAAGCGAAAGACUGAGUGUGUUCAAACCAGUUCACCGUACCAAAUCUGUCCCAGCGGCGUGGCUCCGAGACAGACCCGCAUCCCUGUGUGGAAGAAAUGAUGGCAGGACAGUUUGUCUGAUGAAAGUUACAAUUUAACAGGAGAAUUUCUGGAGUUUAUAAAAUCUAAAAAAUAUAUCCAAAGCUACAGACUGAGGGGUAAACAAAAGGUGUUAUUUAUGGACAUCUUAUUUUAAAUGUUUAUGUAAGUCAUAGCAAAUUUAAUUACUUUAAAGUUUACACAAAUUAAUGAAUGGUUGAAAAAGCUCUUGAGCAUUAAGGAAUAUUUCUCAUCUGCUUGUUUGGCUACAGGUAAAAUAUACAUAGUAGUUUGAUAUAUUUCGAAUUUUGCCUCAUAUUUCUAAGGCUUAAACGCUGAAACAUGUGACAUUGUGUAAAAAAAAAGCAAAAUAAUAUGCAUCUUAACAGUUUUCUGUUCAGAAUGUUGUAUUUAUGCUUCUGUGAUUCUUUUAUUUUGCGUUCAAUGAAUUAAAAUAGGAUUUUGUAGAGGAUCAACCAAAAAAGAAAUAUAUUAACACUGAUGUUAAGUGAAUCCAAUUAAUAUUUAACUGUGAGCCAUUGCUAAAUAUUUAUUGUAAAUAAAACCCUGGACGUAUACCCUCUGUAUAUGAAGUGCCCGCUACACAAUGCAAACGUUUCAUCUGUUUGUGUUACCAUGUUUGCAUAUUAUUGCCUUUUCAUUACUUCCUUCCAGUACUUUCAGUUACUGGCUGUGAAAUGGGAAAUAAACUACCUAUUAAAAUGAUUCAUUCAUGGUUUAAAAUA